AGUUUCUAUGAGUUCUCUCACUCCCUUACAUCUCAUCUCUCUCUCUCUCUCUCUCUCUGUCUGCUCCCUCUCGGAUCGGAAUCAAGGGAGGUGUCAGAUUCUGCCUCCCUCCAUCUUCAUGGCACCCUCCAAUUUCACCUUUAACAAAUCAGAGAGAAGGGUUUCAAACCCACACGAUCCUGGAACCGCUAGUGGUCUGUUUGUCUGUGGUUGUUGGUCCUGUUGGCGCAUCCUUUCUAUUAUCUUAUUAACUUUCCCUUAUCAGCUCGCCUUCUGCGUGGCUUCCGACUCCCCACCCACCCGUGCCGCUCCACCGACGCCACUUUUUAAAACCAGAGGGGGAGGAGACACCCAGAACACCGACACCCUCGCUGACCCCAGAAUCGUAGCAGCUCUCUGCGUGUCAGCUGCCUUUCUCAUCUUGCUCUUCGUCAUGGGUUUCCUCAAGUUCCUCAGAUUCAAACUGAGACGCAGGCGGAAUCGAGUUGUCAUCGAAGACCAUAUGGGUGGAUGUGAGUCAGGGAUCUCCGUCGUUCCGAAUGAGCCUGACAAGAAGAAUGGUUCCGUGAAGAGAUUCAGUAGGGAGGAGAUAGAGAGGGUGACCAUGAAUUUCUCACAGACACGGGUAAUCGGAUCCGGAGGGUUUAGCACCGUCUAUCUGGCUCACUUCCCAGGUUCGACCAUGGCCGCAGUCAAGAUCCACAAUGGCGGAGAGCGUCUCAACAGAGUAUUCAAGCAGGAACUGGAGAUCCUGCUCCAGCUUGACCAUGACAACAUUGUCAAGCUUCUGGGUUACGGCGAUGAUCGAGAAGAAGGGGUCCUGGUAUUUGAGCAUGUUCCAAAGGGGAGCUUGCAAGAGAUACUCCAUGACAGUACCGGAGCAAAGGAGAACUCGCCGCUAUCAUGGAAAAACCGAAUGGCCAUAGCCUUCCAGCUUGCCGAAGCUAUUGAAUAUCUACAUGAAAAAUGUGCUCUCCCAAUCGUUCACGGCGACAUCAAAGCCUCAAACAUCCUCCUGGAUGAGCACCUCAACUGCAAGCUCUGCGAUUUCGGGUCUGCCAAGAUGGGAUUUUCUUCCACGGUGCUGCCGCCCUCUUCUUCUCGGAUGAACCAAGUCAUGAUGAUGGGGUCUCCUGGCUACGUUGAUCCUCACUACCUGAGAACCGGAAUCCCCUCAAAAAAGAACGAUAUUUACAGCUUUGGAGUCAUCCUUCUGGAACUGCUCACUGGGAUGGAUGCCUUCUGUUCAGAGCGGGAGCAGCCGCUGACAUCUAUUGCCGGGCCCAUUCUCAGGGAUGCCAGCCAGGUGGGCAAAGUGGUAGAUCCAGGACUUGGCGGCUACUUUGACUUGGAAGAAGCCAAGGUCAUGGCUUCCAUGGCAGGACUCUGUCUGGGUCCUUCACCUACCCUAAGGCCCUCCGCCUCUGACAUCCUUCAAACAAUGAAACACAAAAUCUCUUCCAUCUCCUUCCUAUUCUCACCUCACCAUUUGAAAUUAAUCGAUUUGGGAUUUGAGUUCAGUUGGAACUUGGAGAGGGUGGAGGCUGUGCGGCGUGAGGUAAGCAAAAUGACGGCAGCUUCCGGUUUAUUUCUGAUUCCGACAGCAACCAGAGCCAGUUUGAUUCAGCAUCCAAAAUUCUAUCUUGAAUGGAAAGAUAAAACCUUCAGUAGCAUUUCUUCUACGUUUGCUGCGAGUUCAAGGAUAAGAAACCGCCGACGGGUGUCUGUUUCCACCCAUUUUUGCUGCAACUCUCUACUUUCCGAUCUUGCCCCUGCCACCUCUGCAGCCUACGGUGCUCUGCUCCUCGGCGGCGGCGUCUUUGCCUAUACAAGAUCUGGGAGCAAGGGCUCACUUUUUGGAGGAUUUACAGGAGCAGCACUAAUGGCAACAGCUUACCUUCUUAUGCAAGUCCCCAAGACAAAAGACAUAGGUGACGCCCUUGGGUUUGGAUCAGCUUUCCUUUUCUCUUCUGUAUUUGGUAUACGAUUAGCGGCCACUCGUAAACUAGUCCCUUCAGGCCUGUUGUUAGGACUUUCCAUCUUUGCAUUGACUGUGUUUAUCUCUGCCUAUCUACAAGAUAUCUCUGAUCCACUACGUGUCUCCUAAAUUCAUAUUGCUAGGAAAUCAUCCUCAUUCCUGUGAAUUUGAAAAAGUUGUAAGGUAGCUGUUUGUUGUUGUUGUUUCUGUUAUUAUUAAUAUCCUAAGGUGAAAUGGAAGCUAAUGUUUUUGGUACUGAUCUGUCUGUGCGUCUGAUUGUAGUUUUUCAGUAAGUAUUGUUUUGCUAAUGAAGGUCUAUUUCUCAGUUGGGACUGCA